AUCUGAAAGAAAAAAGAUGGAUAACAGAGAGAGCCGGUCGACACUCUUUGUGGUGCUGGGACAACAGAACAUGAUAGCCUGAAGUUUGCUGCACGUACACACACAAUCACAGAUACUGGAAGAUUUUAAAAUCUUCCAGUAUCAUCAAUCAUUUUGACAGAAACAUUUUUACAGACUGGGGAGCGGCUCAUACAGCAGGUGGGCGUGGACCAAAGUUUUCAGUGCUCGUGCUGCGCACAAAGGGAUAAACUCACCAGCAAUAGUCUUUAAGGGUGAGUCCUAUACAAAAUACAACUUCAUUUUAUGGAGUUUGGGGAUUGGGCAGAAGGGAUGCUGCAGGUAGCAUUUGAUACAUCAGCCAGUACCAGUGAUGUUUACAUUGAGCUUGAUAUUGCUUCAGGUAAUUAUUUCUGUUAAGUUCGGAGCGAGCGAGCUAUGUAACUAAUUGCAGCUGAAAAACACUGACAAAAUGUUCUGGUUCAGUCCACCUUUUUUUCUUCACAGUGGCUGCAUUAAAUGUUCCUAAAUACCACUUUAUGGAUAGCUGGGAGUCCUCUGUUUUGUUUUGGGUCACUCUUUAAAAGUUGUGCUACAGAUUGUUGCAUUGAGCACUUAGUUCCACACAUAAACAUUCUGCAUUUGUUCAGGAAUAAAACAACAGUAAACUGAAGCAGCAUUGUAAAGAAGAGUGGGACCUAAGUCCUCUCACUGAUGUGAAUAGUGAGAAAGGCAUAACUGUAGAUCUGUAUGCCAAAAUGAUGUUUUGUUUUGAAAUAACACACUUUUAGAAAGAGGUUGUAGUUAUUUCUACCGUGACUUCAGAUCUGUAAUACACCCUAUUAAACUGAUGUAAAAUAUGUGCCAGGGACACAACAAUUGAUGCGUAAAUAUUUCUUGUUGAGCAACUCAAACCAGAGCGGCCAGGCUCAGUUCCAAAGAACAUAACUGACACACCUACUGUACAAAUACAAUCAUCGCCUAAGCAACGGCAGUAGUCAGAUAGUCAGAUAGCUUUUAAGAGUCAAAGUACACUUCACUGAGGAGCAGAAAGACUGUACUGUGCACCAGCAUGAUUUCUGGAAGACGCAGAAUGGGACAACUGACAUUUUGAUCCAUUUGUUCAACUUUGGAAGCAUGAACACUACGCAGUUUCAUUAAUACUGCACUAAAAGGACUAGCUCAGAACAAAGUCACCAAGCAACAAUGGAUCCUGAGCAGAAGAAGCGGACCACUUCUACAUGCCUUUCUGUGAUGAGUGACCUCUCUAAAGAUGAUCCUCCAAACUUUACUGUGGAUGAAAGGAAUUCUCCGAGCUCUAUGACAGAUGAAAUAAAUGCAAGAGCCUCAUACCCAACUGACCCAUCUCUAAAGAGCUAUAGGUCUAGGACCCCUCCACCAGAUUUCAGUAAUGUGAUCACCCCCGCAAGCCUUCUCCCUGUUGGUGGGCUGCUGACAACAACAGAGGAAUAUAACUCUGCACUUCCACAUCUAAUUGAAGACUGGACUAAGGACCAAGUUAAAGACUGGCUGGUCAUUAAACUGAGAGUAUCAAAAGAACUUGCACAGAAACUUUAUGACCAAGAGCUUACAGGAGCUUGCCUGGACUCUUAUGAGAAAGAAGACUUGUUAGAGCUAGGUGUUCCUCCAGCACCAGCAAUUCAAAUCAUUAGGCAGGUCAAGAAGUUUAGGAAGCAAUCAGAGGCAUUUGUGCCAGCUACUAGAGCUGCAGAAAGCGAACCCCAUCUAAGAGAUAAUGCAGAUAUAUCAGGAAAUGUUGAUGAAUCAGCAGAAAAUGAGACCGUGUCAUCAGAUUCAGGAAUACAAAGUUUAAGUUCUUCAGUAAGGAUGUUAAAGAUGGCAAGAGACCGAAUACGAUCUUUAAUAGAUAAGAAUACAGCUAAAAGACACACUUUUAUUCCAGCUCCCGACUGUUUAGAAGCUCUACAACCACAGAGUGUAUGUCAGAUUCGGCCCUUUGAUAAAAGUAACUUCCUAAACUUCUACAUGGAAAAUGACAUUCUUCCUCCAAUGGCAGGUUCAAGUAAUCUCAUUGACCCUGUUCAUGAGUACCACCUCCUGCCAAAUGUAAAUAAAGUAAGCGAAAGGGAGAUCCUGCAUGAAUUCACUAGGGAAGUAUUUAUUUUUGCUGCCAGCUGCAUGAAUUCACGAACCAAUGGAACAAUCCAUUUUGGAGUCAACAGACAACUAGAGCAACAUGGUCAAGUCGUUGGGCACAUGAUCACCUCUUUCAAUAAGUACAAUGAGGCUUUUGAAUCAUCUCUGAAGGAUUUUUUUGAAGAACAGUAUGUGAAUGUUGCUCGACUGUGUAUCAGGCCACCAAACUUCAUACAAGUUUGCCAUCAAAAUGGAACAGCUUCAGAAAAAUGGGUGAUUGAGGUUGAUGUAGUCCCAGCAUAUACACAGACACAGGAAUAUCUUUUCUAUACUCAGCUGGGUAUUACAUCAACUGAAGAGAAACAUCAGUGCAAAACUCUAUGUCUGUUUGUCAGGGAAGGUCCACGGUCUGUCAACAUUUUAGCAGAUACUAAUCCGCGAAUAGGUCAAGAGAAACAGAAAAACCUAACUGAAAAUGUCAAGAACUUGGUGUCAGCUCGUAAGACGGCAGAAAAAAACAGGGCAAAAUGUGGCUCACAAAGCUAUCAGGGGCAAAGGCUAAAGCAGCUGAUAACACGUGGAAGAGAUGCUCUUGAGAGUUCCCUUCAGGUUAUUGUAGUUACUGAAAAAUGUCACCCAGGCCAGCUGGAGCAUAUGGAUUUUCUAAAAGAAAUAUCUCUGUUUGCUGUACUGGAGUUUGACCCAGAGUCUGAUUUAAGUGGAACAUGUCGUUUUUACAGAAGAGAUCGUAUUGCCAAUCUACACUACCCACAUUUGUACACCAAUCUGGAUAGUUUACCUACACUUAUGGAAAAGCUUAACUUGUUUAAGCAAACCAGUUGGAUUUUCUGCAAUGGUCGACUGAAUGAGGAGAGCAAAGAAGACAAGCCACUAGCACCCAAUGAAUGGCUUAAGAGGCGUUCAGGUGACAUCAGUAACAUGAUUGCUUUGCUUUGCAAUCCAGAUGUAAUUUCAAAAGACAGACUGCUGGUAAUUUUUAUUCUUCAUUCAGCUAUAACUGACCUGUCAAAUCCUAUUUUGGAAACAUUCUGUGCAAUCUAUCGUACACUGGAGGGGGCUGACAAUGUGCUGUGCAUUUGCAGAGAUUCAGGAGUAUUCAUUCACUGGAAGCAGCUGAUAGAUGUGCGUUGUAAGGAAGACAUCUCCAGCAAAUGCAUCUAUGAACUGAGCCUGAAUGAAAUAUCCAGUACAGUAAAAAAACUUAAAGAGCCACAAACACAGUCUUCUCAGAGAUACCUGCCUUCCACAGGCUUAAGCUCAGUACUGCUGACAAAAAAAGAUGAGGAACUUUUCACGGUUUUGGACAUUUUGAGUGAAAAUGAAUGUGAAAACACAGAAAUAGAAAGUUCAGUUUCCUUUGAUGAAUUUAAUAAGAAAACAGAGGAGGAUUUUUAUAGAGGUGGACAAGUAACAUGGUGGAACUUUUACUUUUCUGAGCUGAGAGGCAGUCUGCCAUUUAUCAAGCGAGACAAAUACAAUGAGUUGUAUGACCUGAUCAUGCCUGUUGAAGGCUACACAUCUCCAUGUGUCAUGAUCAACCUCUUCCAUCCACCAGGGUGUGGGGCAACGACUCUAGCAAUGCAUGUUCUUUGGAACUUGAGAAGAAAAUUCAGAUGUGCUGUCGUAAAAAACAACAGGGCGACAAAUAAUGACAUUGCAGCUCAAGUCAUUGACCUGCUCACGUAUGGAAAACAGGAUCAGCCAGGCUACACACCUGUCUUCCUCUUAGUGGACAACUGGGAGGAUGUUGAGGACCUCAAGCAGUGCAUCCUUAAUGUUGCUGGCGAAAGGUGGCAGCAGAACACUCUCAUGGUUAUCAUUCUGAACUGUGAGAGAACUCAUUUUCCUGCUGAGAGCUCCAGAAAUAGCAACAUUCGAAACGUGUUCAUAACCAACAAAUUAUCCUCCAAAGAGCAGAGCUUGUUUUCUGGAAAACUUCAGCAGUUGAAGACUGAUCACAAGAAGCCUGAAACCUUUUAUGCUUUUAUGAUCAUGACAAAUAAUUUCAGUGAGGAUUACAUCUCAAACAUUGUGAGCAACAUUGUUAAAGAUCUUAAUGCCACCACCCAGCAGGGCAGGCUCCUCUCUUUUCUGGCUUUGUUGAACACUUUUGUGAAUGGAUCCUACAUGUCACUCUCUUUGUGUGAAAAGUUAGUUGGUAUAAGGAAUGCCUUUCAGAAACAAGAGACUCUUGAUGAUAAAAUGAAUCCAUAUUCCACACUGCUGUUAACAUUCAGUGUUGAAGAGCAUGGCUUCUAUCAAGCGGUCCGAUUCUUACACCCAAUGAUCGCCAGCAACUGCCUUCAGAUACUCGAACAAAAACACAAACACUCCCUGGCAGAGAUAACCAUUGACAUUUUAUACUGUGACGAGGUCUAUAAAUCCUGCAUGGGAAAGGAUUUCCUUGUUCAGAACAUUCAAAGCAUGCUCAUUUCACGCCACAGAAAAGAACAGGGGGAUGAUAGAGAUACAUUGUUUUCUCCUUUAAUUGAAAAAAUACAUGAAGGUGAAGGGUCAGAAAAAGUUAAAGAGCUUUUAGAGAAAGCUAUAGGGAGGUUUGACAGAAGUGCAACACUUCCACAGGCACUGGCAAGAUAUUUCUAUUUGAAAGAAAAAGAUUUUGUGGUUGCCCUACAAUGGGCUUUAGAUGCACGAGGUAAAAAUUCUAAUUCCUAUAUUGCAGACACAGUAGGACAGGUUUACAAGAGCCAACUGAAAAAGAAAAUUGAAGAUUCUGAUCCUGUAACUUCUGAAGCUCUUAAUGAAUGCUUGAUCCUGGGCUCCAAAGCUGCAAAAGCCUUCCAAGAGUCGCAGGAGCUGGCCAAAAAAGAUGAACCAGUAGACCCAUUAGAUCACCACAAUAGAAAGAGGGCAAAGUCUUACAACACAUCAGGUUAUGUUGGAGAGACAGAAGUUAUAAUGAUACUUCUUGACCUCAUUAGAGGACUCCCUCUUUCUCAGAACAAAGACAGACAUCAAACAGAUAAACUGUUACAGAUUCUCAAAGGUCACCACACAAUAAAAGGUUUACAUUUUGAUCACAGGAACACAGCCACUGCCCAGUUUGUGGAUGUCUUGGAACACCAUGAGAGAUUUUUGAUCUCUUUGAAGCCGAGGCUGAAGGAAAUAUUUAGCUUUUUUGAGAAUUACUUCACAUACCUGAGGCCUAGAUCACAGGAAAGGGUAAUAGCUGAUGAUAGAAACAAAAAGAAGUUAUCAGAGUAUUUCAAAAAAUACUUGCAAAUAUUCAGUGGUUCAGAACAAGAGAAAACAUCUGAAAAAGCCAGUAACCCCAAUCUGAGUCUACACCAGGAGAUACAGGACCAGAGGUUUUAUCUGGAAAAAAAGCGAGCAGACUCAUUUGCUGGACUUUUGCAAUGUUUGAGUGACAAAAAUGGUGUAGAGAUGGAGCACAUCCUCAGAAAAUGGAAGUUUAUCUUCAAGAGCACCCCUAAAAGAUCUGUAUCAGACACAGUUAACUUCAUCUUGGCAAACAUAGUGAUGCACAGCAUCAAACCAUCUUCAAAGGAACUGAAAAAAUAUGAAGAGUUGGUUGACCUUCUGAACGAGGAACUACAAAAGGAGGGUACAAACUCAAAUUCGACUGAGAUGUACUACCUGUCCAUGUUGCUAAUGUGGCCAACUAAAGAUAGAACACUGGAAAGCCUUUCAACAUACAAAGAUAUCACAACAUAUUUCACAUCAGGCAAGAAAUCGUUUCACCGACGCUUUUCCUACAUGUUUCCAACCCGAACUGCCCUAGCUCAUUUCUUUCUUGGCAAAUCCACUGGACUAAGGAGAAUGGUCUCUAAAGUGAAGCUUGAUCGAAGCUUGAUUGAUCAUGUUUUAAAGCAAGAGUCUUGCAGUGGUCAGAGCAGUCAGCCUCGCACCCUGCACCAUCUUUGGCAGAGUGGAGCAGCUUGGAAUGAACCAGAAGUGGAAAAAGAGCUGUUAAGGGUUCAAGGAAUUUCUGAAAAUAGAGAUAUAUACGUCAACUAUGGAGGCAACCUAAAAAUUCCUGUCCGCCCAGCUUACCUGGGAGACAUCCGCAGUGGAUGCAGUCGGGAACAAAUAUCUUUCUAUCUUGGUUUUACAAUGGAAGGUCCUGUAGCCUACAAUAUUAAAUAUCUCACUGCUCAGUGAGGCAGUAAUAAGUAAAUGGUAUAAAUGUAACAAAUUUUACAAAAACACUGCAAGAACUCCAGAAACUGGUAAAAGUGGUAAAUCAUGUAAUUGUCAACCAGAGCAUAUUAAGAAAACAUUGAGGAGUCACUAUAAAUGUUUAUUUGACCAGGAUUUCUUUUUUUGCAAACCAUUUUUUCUCUAUACUCUAUAAACUUUGUAUAUAUAUUUUUUUUUUUACCAGAGGUUUUUUAGUUCUGGGCUUUUGAGAACUUGGAGUUAGUCUUUUGUAAACAUUUCUGGGUUGUAGACUACUUAAGAUAAUUUAUCAUGAUUUAUUUUACUUUUUGAUGCAUUUUACUGUGAAACAGUUUUGUUUUAUGAAAAUAAUAUUUAGGUUGGAUGGAACUGUUAGUCUAGCCUAUAUGUAGGAUUUAAAUAUUAAGAACCAGGAUUACAUAAUGUUCUUUGUUUUGUGCAUUAAAAUAAAAUGUAUAAAAGUCAAACAAAAUGGCUUUUUAAGUUUGACAAGAUUUUUACCUUUGUUACUAUCAGUAAGGUUAUUAUUGUAACUUUUGACCUGAUUGGAUGGAAACAUUUAUACUUUUUGGUCACUUGUAGACCUGCCCAGAGCCUGGACCAGGACAGUUUGAUAAUUUAGGCCUUAGCUGUCAUUUUAGCGGAUUUUUAUAAAAACAAUUUUAUGGACUUCCUUUACCUUAUGUUAUCACUGCUUUUAUUUGUUUGGGGGUUUAGGCCUUGCUGCGAUUCCCUGUGAUGGGUGUGCUCUGGUGGGGGUUUGGGGGGAUUGCCCUGCAUUUUUGGAGGCUUGAUUUUUGUGUGCAUAACUUUUUUUGUUUUUUGUAGACCGUGUCCUGGAUAGUGCAUUGUUGCAUUCUGUCAAUUUUGCUUUGAGGGUGUUAUGGCCCCCUCUCAAGUUGAAGGAGGGAGAACACACAGGACAACCAUAAUAAAAUGUCAGUCUUUGUAA